UUUGUAAAACCUCAUUGGGGCACUGCAACUGCUUCAUGGCACCCACUGUAUCACUCAACAAAGAUUAAACAACCCUACUGCCGGAGGUGCUCUCAAAGUUACCAAAUUCCAAGGUAAAAUAACAUAGCUUAAACCUUUUUCUUUUUUUGCUUCAAGCUUGAAAAGCUUCUUUCUUUCUCUGCUCUCUGUAGCUAUUUAUCUUUUUUAACAUUCAUAUUUGAUCAAUUUAAUAAUGACCCAUUUUCGAAACCUUAGAAACCCAGCUACUCUCAACUGGGUGUCUUCUCAUUUUGUUGAAAAUCAACUCAAACCCCCAUUUUUGGAACUGGGCUUAUCUCACAUCGCACAAAGGCAAAACCCUAGGCUUUAUAGGACAAAAGGGUCAGUUGUAACUGAAGCGUGUGAUGGUUUAGACGUUGCCAAAAUCCCCCGUGCCACUUUGAAAGAAGCUCAAGCUGCGUUGUUGGAAUAUUUGCAUUGUACUAGGAAUAUUCCGUUUAUGGAUGCUGAAAUCAUGAGCAAAAACUCACCUGAUUUUUUAAGAAAUCUUUUGAAAAGGGUUAACAUUGCUAAUGAUGUUGGAAGUUCUAUGAGGCGGUUUUUGUGUUAUCAUCCCAUUAAUGAAUUUGAACCUUUCUUUGAGAGUUUGGGACUGAAACCUUGCGAGUAUGCACCUUUUCUUCAUAGGGAUUUGAUGUUUUUGAGUGAUGAUUCUUUGUUGUUAGCGAACUAUAGGGUCUUGUGCAGAUUUGGGAUUGAACGAAAUAAGAUAGGUCUGGUAUAUAAGAAAGCAGUUCAAGUUUUCCAACUUGAAUUUGGAGUUUUACCAUUAAAGCUUCAAGCUUAUCAAGAACUGGGGCUUAGUGAUUCUUUUAUGGUCAAGAUUAUUGUUUGUAGUCCUUGUGUUCUGAUCGGUGAUGUAGAUAUGAAAUUCAUCAAGGUAUUAGAGAUUUUGAGGAGUAUGGGAUUCGAUUAUGCUUGGAUUAAGGAACAUUUGUCCGAGCAGGAUUCAUAUAACUGGAGCAUGAUACUUCGUGUUCUGAACUUCUUUAGGGAGAUGUGCUGCAGCAGUGAGUUAGUUGGCUUAAUCAGCCAGCAUCCGGGGCUUUUGUUUGAGAGCUCUGGCUAUGCAGUGUUUUCACUAAUCGCUUUCUUGUUGAAGUUUGGACUUCCAAUAGAUCAGAUAUCUUCUAUGUUUCUGCUGUUUCCAAAAAUCCAAGUUCGGCAUUUUGUUUCAAAUCUUAUUAGAAGUUUUCUGUUAUUUCGCGAGAUUGAGAUGGAGGUGGAUGAGAUUGGGAAAAUUGUGCGUUCGUACCCCAUAUUACUUGGUUCACACAGGUUGAAGAAAGCUAAUAGUUUACUCAGUCACUUAAAUGUUGGAAAAAAGAGGCUUUGUAAAUACAUCCAAGAGAACCCUCAAGAAUUGAGUAAAUGGGGUACAGGAUCAAGAGUUGAACCAUUACCAAACUCAGGAGAGGAUAUGGAGUCACAAAGGUUGAAGAUGAAGUUCUUUUUAGACUUGGGAUACGGAGAAAACCCUGAUAUGAUGAAGAAGGCAUUCAAGGUGUUUCGAGGCAGGGGAAAGGAGCUUCAAGAGAGAUUUGAUUCCAUUGUGAAUGCAGGUUUGGAUAAGGCAGCUGUGUCUGAAAUGGUGAGUGUAUCCCCUCAAAUCCUGAAUCAAUCAAAAGCUGUUAUCCAAUCUAAGAUUGAUGUUCUAGCAAAUGAGCUGGGUUACCCUCUAUCCUCUUUAGUGACAUUCCCCUCUUUUCUUUCCUAUACAACACAGCGGGUUCGACUUAGAUUGGCAAUGUAUAACUGGCUCAAAGAUCAUAAAAAGGCAGACCCUGACUUGGCCUUAAGCACAAUUGUUGCGUGUUCAGACAAAGUAUUCAUGAAUCAAUAUGUAAAUCAUCACCCCAGUGGCCCUCUAGUUUGGCAAGAUUUAAAAGCAAAAUUUAGCAUGGAUGAUUGAUACUAUCUGCCUAUUUAUUGCUCAUUUUUGGGU